AUGGCGCCCAGAAAGCCCUCCUCGACGGCAGAAGUUGCCCUCGUGCCUCUGAAAAACUGCUUGGUCAACUUGCCGCCAUCAUUGACCGCGCUUCUGGUUAACGCGAACGCCACAGCGCAAAAUGUCAUUGUUGAGCUGCAAUAUCGACCUUCUGCCGGGAGGGCCAACGGAAGCCCGUCGCAACGGUCGCUAUACCUAGGCUGGACGGGAAUGCCCAGCAAACGGAAGCUGGCGCCCGUCGUGGGAAGAGAUGGCAUCAAUAGGGGGUCCUCCAGAGAACAAGAGGCGUCGACGGUGGAAUUAGAUACCACAUUCGGGAGAGUCCUGGGCCUUACGGAAGGACAACCGGUUGCUAUAUAUAUACACCUUGAUCCUCCGGUCGCACACACUAUUAAUAUUGAGCCCAUGACUCCAGAAGAUUGGGAGAUUAUUGAACUUCACGCCAACUUCUUGGAGCUUAAUCUCCUAUCGCAAAUUCGCGCGCUCCCGAAUCCAGGAUAUAAUAAUGCAGGACAACUCGAGCACAUGCACCCUUUGGCUUUGCAUCUUUCUCCGACGUCUACCGCGAAUAUUGUCAUCACCUCACUCACACCCGCCCCGUCAGACACGUCGGCAUUCGCAAAGAUAGCUCCAGAUGCGGAAGUUAUAGUCGCGCCCAAAGUCCGUCCGAAAAAUGCGGCAGGCUCUCGAGCAGACAGUCGCAGCGUUACCAGUAGGAAGAGUGCCAGUGGCAGGAGUAGCAGCGGCACUGCGCGACCUAAGAGUAGGUCCGACUCUGCAAACAGAACCGGGCUCUACUUGAGAGGUGUCAAUCGCAAGUCUGCUGACCAGUGGUUCGAUGCGGAAUGCGACGAUGACAAUAACGAAGGCUUCCGUGUGUGGGUUGACCCAGACCUACUCGCCACAAACGAGCUUCGAGGUGCCGGCUGGGUGUGCAUCUCCGUUGUCCAACCUGCUGGCCUCAAACCGAUGCCUGACCCUCAGCAGCAAAUCAACCAGGUGGAGCAACAAAAGUCAAGCGAGGCCGGUUCUCCCGCGACGAAGCUCGUUGCUAAGCUGGUACCAUGGGUGGAUGCACCAGAUACCCAGCAUGUUGCCAUUUCCACCUUGUUGUGCAGCGCGCUAAGCGCGGAAGGUAUAGUUGGUGGGAUUGUUCGUGUUGAAGCAGCGCCGCCGCAAACGCAACGAUCAACAGUGAAGUCGCUUAAAAUAUAUCCAUUCAUGUCCGAUCCGUCGAAGAAAAGAGAUGGAUUGAAGUUCGGCGCUGAUACUGUAGCUGCGAAGGACGCGCUGCUCGAGCGGAUUAAGGUGAUUCAUGGGGCCCCUGGGUCUGACAUCGGUCUAUUAUCAGGCGCGUUGACAGACGGAAUGAUAUUGCCAAGGGUAGAAAACCCGGGAUCAGUAUCUGCAUUCGACGGUGCGAUUGUUCGCUUUGAACCUCCGUUGAAGGGCAAUGAUGCCUCUAAAUCUUCAUUUGGGUGGCUCUUGGGAUCAGAGUCGAAGCUGUCUCUAGAGGUGCAGUCCGAAAUACCUAGACUGUCGGAAGCCUCUGCACUACCCACUGAUGAUCCAAUCCCAGAAGUUGCUCCUGAACUGGUGGGGAUUGAGUCUAUUAUCUCGCAAUCUCUUGAUAGCCUGACCAAAUCUACUUCUAUCCUGUUGACUGGUGGUCUCGGGGCUGGAAAAACAUCUCUUACUCACCUCCUUGCGCACCGGGUUCAGAAAGACUAUCUGUUCAGUGUGAAGUUCUUUUCUUGCCGGAAACUGGUUACUGAUGAGACUCGGAUUUCGAACAUUAAAGAGACUUUGAACCGUCUCUUCAUGUCCGCUGCUUGGUGCGCCCGCUUAGGUGGGCAAUCAGUAGUCAUUCUGGACGACCUCGAUAAGUUGUGUCCUGCGGAGACAGAACUGCAAGUUGGAGGAGACAACGGCCGCAGUCGCCAAAACAGUGAAGUUAUCUGCUCGAUGGUCCGAGAGUAUUGCUCGAUGAAUUCGCCGGUCGUCCUCCUGGCCACUGCGCAAUCUAAAGACUCUCUGAACAACGUCAUCGUUGGUGGGCAUGUGGCACGCGAGGUUCUUCAUCUCAGAGCACCCGACAAAGAUGGACGUCGCAAGGUUCUGGAGAAGCUCACAAGCCAGGAUAAGGCCGCUGACAGCAUCAACGGCCACGCACGGAGCGUUAGCGAGUCUACCCAUGAUUCAUGGUUGGACCCUUCAAAUCCUGGGAGUCGACCUGGUUCAUCCGAGAAUGAUGGCUUCGUCCUUGCACGAAACAUCGAUUUCCUUGAGCUGGCCGGAAAGACCGACGGUUACAUGCCAGGGGACCUCGUUCUGCUCAUUUCCCGCGCCCGGAACGAGGCUCUGAUACGUUCGGUGCAAGAUCUAUCGGCGGCCUCGAAAGCAAUCACUCUUGGGGCAGAUGACUUCGAGAACGCACUGAAAGGCUUCACCCCAGCCUCUCUACGUAACGUUACACUCACCUCAUCCACCACUACCUUUUCUGCGAUUGGUGGUUUGCACUCGACCAGACAAACUCUUAUGGAGACGCUGCAAUAUCCCACGAAGUAUGCGCCUAUUUUUGCGCAGUGUCCUCUACGUCUGCGGUCUGGAUUGCUUCUCUACGGCUACCCUGGAUGUGGUAAGACAAUGCUGGCUAGUGCAGUGGCGGGCGAAUGCGGCUUGAACUUUAUCAGUGUCAAGGGACCCGAGAUUCUGAACAAGUACAUCGGUGCCAGUGAGAAGAGCGUUCGAGAUUUGUUCGAAAGAGCACAGGCCGCCAGACCGUGUAUCCUGUUCUUUGACGAGUUCGACAGUAUUGCACCGAAACGUGGACAUGACUCCACUGGUGUUACGGAUCGCGUUGUCAACCAGCUCCUUACACAGAUGGACGGUGCGGAAGGUCUUUCUGGUGUCUACGUACUGGCAGCAACCUCACGACCCGAUCUCAUCGAUCCAGCCCUGCUGCGUCCCGGACGUUUGGACAAGUCCCUCCUCUGCGACAUGCCAUCGCAUUCGGACCGGGUCGACAUCAUCGAAGCUGUCAGCAAGAAGCUGAACAUGAGCCAAGAAGUCGUCAGCCGUCUGGACGAGGUCGCUGCCAGAACCGAGGGUUUCUCAGGAGCCGAUAUCCAAGCCGUGGUGUACAAUGCUCAUCUCGAAGCCGUGCACGAUGCCUUGGGCGAUCACACAGCAGCCAACGACAAAGCACCGACCCGUAGCAGUGCGAAAUCAUCGUCGACCAGCGUCAGCAGCAAAUCCUUCAUUCAGUUCCUGUAUUCCUCCGAGGAACAAACAGGCUCAGUCCCCAUGCCAUCGCCAGCUAUUGUCGCAUCGAAGCUCGAAGCAAUCAAGAGCACGCGCCGUCGCCAGCGACAGCUGGAACAGCAGGGCACAGUCGGCGCUGCACAGUCGGCAUCCAUGACCAACGGCAACGCUUCUCAAGAAGAACCGCGCGUGGAGGUCAUCGUGCGGUGGGAGCAUGUUGAGCGAUCGCUGGCUAAUACGCGUCGUUCGUUGAGUGAGCCUGAGCAGAGACGGUUCCAGGCCAUCUACCGGGAGUUCGUGAUGGGACGGAAUGGAGAGAUGCCUAAUGGUGAGGGUGGGAGAGAAGUUGGAGGGAGGACGAGUUUGAUGUAG